CUCCGCUUCCCCACUACCCUUUCGGGCUCAGCUUGCAUUUCAUUUUGCACAUUUUAUUUUAUCUUCUGUCUCUUCCGUCCUCAACGUAGAGCUCAGUCUGGCUCAGUCUCCAAUAUCGUUGAAUGUGGGUUGGUCAAUUCGAAAUCCGAUUAAAUGUGUUGUUUUCCAUUGCCUUUUUUAUGUUUUAGUUAGUUUUCUAACACCCAAGAUCAGAAUCCUCAGUGAUAUUUAAAUUAAUGAUUAGAGGUUAAAUUGUUUCACAGAAGUAAAUUUAUUAGCUAUACAAUUUAAAAAAUUUAUAUGUCGGUACUUGUAACCUGACGGUCUCGAAAAUAAUUCAAGUUCUUACUUCUCACUGUUUUUAUGGUUGUCGGUGAAUUACCAGUGACUCGCGCCAUGCAAAAUUUGCUAAUUAAAUUCUGAAGAUCAGUCACUGUGUCCGUUGUGGAUUAUUAAAGUGAUCUUAAGAUGGAGUCCUUAAAGAAAAAAGGAAAGCCACCAAAUCCAAGGGCCAAAGCUAAUAUUUUCUCAGCUUUAACCUUUGCAUGGACAUUACCAAUUUUCUGGGGUGGCCUUAAAAAGGAAAUGGAGGAACGGGACUUGUAUGAACCAUUGGAAGAGCAUGCAUCUAGUCCAUUGGGUGACAAAUUUGCUCGUCUAUGGGAAGAGGAGGUUGCGCGUGCUGGAGCCAAGCGCACGCCCAGUCUUUUAAGAGUCAUAUUAAAAGCGUACGCAGCGAGAUGUAUGCUUUAUGGAUUCGUUCUAUUAUUUAUGGAAUGCGGAAUAAGGAUACAACAGCCACGUAUGUUGGGCCUUUUCGUUGCCUACUUCGGUCAGAUCGAGCGCCGAUUUAUGCGCAGACGCGUCAUGAUCCUGCGUGACCAGGCGCAUAUAACUCGUCAAGGCUUCGACAACGGAACUGAUAAGAAAAUAGCUCAGCCUGUGUUUUUGGGCAAGCUGAUAGAUUUCUACGGUCGAGAACAAACAGCUAUAAAGCCUGUGGAUGCGUAUUUAUAUGCUGGGGCCGUCAUAUUGUGUUCGGCCCUCAACGUCUUCGUGGUGCAUCCUUACAUGAUGGCCAUAUUACAUAUGGGUAUGAAGUUCAGGGUGGCUUGCUGUUCCCUCAUUUAUAGAAAGUCCUUAAGGCUAUCUAAAACAGCGUUAGGAGAAACAACGGUCGGACAGGUGGUGAAUUUGCUAUCGAACGAUGUGAACAGAUUCGAUGUGGCUAUCAUAUUCCUACACUACCUAUGGAUCGGGCCUCUAGCGACUGUUAUCAUCGCUUACUUCAUGUGGCUUGAAAUCAGCUGGGCUGCUGUCGUCGGUGUCGGCUUUAUGCUCGCCUUUAUUCCUUUACAAGCUUACUUUGGCAAACGGACAUCUGAGUUGCGUUUGAAAACAGCUUUACGGACAGAUGAACGCGUCCGUCUAAUGAACGAGAUAUUGUCUGGAAUACAAGUCAUUAAGAUGUACACAUGGGAAAAACCUUUCGCAGAUCUUGUCGCUAAGGCUAGAAAACAGGAAAUCAAACAGAUCCGCGCGACAUCGUAUAUUCGUGGUGUAUUAACGUCCUUUGUAAUGUUCAUGACGCGGAUCUGUCUGUUCAUCUCAAUAUUAGCGUACGUUCUUGGGCAGAACAAUAUUAUUACUGCAAAACAAGUAUUUGUUGUCACCAGCUUUUAUAAUAUUCUACGCCAAACUAUGACCGUGUUCUUCCCACAAGGUAUUGCUCAAGUAGCAGAAGCUACGAUAUCAAUCAAACGGCUACAAAACUUUAUGCUAUAUGAAGAUACGAGUAAACCAGUGCCCGGUCUCUCGGAGAUACAGACUGCCACCAAGAAGAAAGGCAAGGAAGAAAAAGAAGUAAUAAGAGAGUCUGUCCCCUCAACCAAAGAUGAACCUCUAGUCACUGAAGAGAAGGUACAGCCUGAGAAGUUGGAAACAACAGAAGCAGAAAAGAAGAGAGAUGAAGCUAGGGGUAAUGGAAAUGCAACCCUAGCACCACUAGAAUCUGGUGAGGAAGACGACGAGGAGUUGGCGAUGCGCGUGGAGGAGGACGCGCGCGGCGUGCGACUCAAACACGCGACCGCCAAGUGGAUUACCUCGCACGCCGAGAACACGCUUACUGAUAUGUCGCUCACUAUAAAGCCCGGCAAGUUGAUAGCAGUGAUAGGUCCGGUGGGCGCGGGCAAGUCGUCCUUGCUGCACGUGCUGCUGCGCGAGCUGCCGCUGCUGUCGGGCUCCGUGCACAUCGGCGGCACCGUCUCCUACGCCAGUCAGGAGCCCUGGCUAUUUGCUGGCAGCGUCCGUCAGAACAUUUUAUUCGGUCAGGCGAUGGACCGGCCGCGCUACAACGCGGUGGUGCGCCGCUGUGCACUCGACAGGGACUUCACGCUCUUCCCGCAGGGCGACAAGACUGUCGUCGGUGAACGAGGCGUCAGUCUUAGUGGAGGUCAGCGCGCGCGCAUAUCAUUAGCUCGUGCGGUGUACAAGCGCGCGGACAUCUACCUGCUGGACGACCCGCUGUCUGCUGUGGACGCGCAUGUCGGCAGACAUCUGUUCGAGUCCUGUGUGGUGGGCUACUUGCGCAACACCACGCGCAUCCUCGUCACACACCAGCUGCAGUUCCUCAGGGAUGUCGAUCAGAUAAUAAUAUUGAAGAACGGAUCAAUAGCUGCGGCGGGAGACUUCGAGACUCUGAGCGCGUCAGGGCUGGACUUCGCGACGCUGCUGGCGCGCGGCGAGGCGGAGGAGGAGAAGCCCAAGCCUGCGCCGGAGCCCGCCAGCGCAGACCUCGAGGACUCCCUGCUACAGGGCAGCUUCCGGAAACGACAAAUGAGUAUACAUUCUGUGAGCUCAGUGGACAACCUGACGGCGGCGGGCAUGCCGGAGGGCGGGCGCGAGGCGGCGGAGCUGCGGUCUGCGGGCGCGGUGGCGGGCGCGGUGUACGCCGCCUACCUGCGCGCCGCCGGACACCCGCUGCUGGUCGCGCUCAUGCUGCUCGUCACCACGCUCGCACAGCUGCUCGGCUCCAGCUCCGACUGGUGGACCAGCUACUGGGUGACGUUAGAGGAGGGAUUGCCGCCGGCGCUGCUCAACACUCUGUCGGAGAACGUGACAGGUCCCACGCUGCAGCUGACCAGCAACGACACCAGCCCACUGGUGGACAACGCACAGUUCCCCAACUCUGCACUAGAUAGAUACGACUGCAUUUAUAUAUACACCGCUAUGGUGUUGUCUCUGGUUGCUGUGUCGCUGCUGCGGUCGUUCAUGUUCUUCUCUAUGGCGAUGAGUGCGUCAACUCGACUGCACAAUAACAUGUUCGCGGCCAUCACUCGUGCGCCGAUGCGCUUCUUCCACUCCAACCCAUCUGGCCGCGUGCUUAACCGCUUCUCAAAGGAUAUGGGCGCUGUUGAUGAAAUCCUGCCAUCUGCACUACUGGAUGUUCUGCAGAUCGGUCUGUCGCUGAUCGGUAUCGUGGUUGUGGUGGCGACGGUGAACUGGUGGCUGCUUUUGCCGACUUUGGCCAUCGGUGUUAUCUUCUACGGUCUGCGCAUCGUCUACCUCUCCUCCUCGCGCAGCAUCAAGCGCCUCGAGGGUGUGACUCGGAGCCCUGUGUUCUCGCAUCUGAACGCAUCACUGCAAGGCAUCACCACGAUACGAGCGUUUGGAGCCCAGGAGGCUCUCAUCCGGGAGUUCGACAACCACCAGGAUUUGCAUAGCUCAGCUUGGUACCUGUUUAUCGCCAGCUCGCGUGCGUUCGGCUUCUGGUUGGACCUGGUGUGCGUCGUCUACAUUGCAAUCGUAACCCUUAGCUUCCUCGUCUUUGAUCAACAGGAGCACGGCGGCAACGUGGGUCUGGCGAUAACGCAAGCGAUGGGUCUGACGGGCAUGUUCCAGUGGGGCAUGCGUCAGUCCACCGAGCUGGAGAACCAGAUGACGAGCGUGGAGCGUAUAAUGGAGUAUUCCAAGAUCGAGUCGGAGCCGCCGCUGGAAUCACCGCCGGAUCGCAAGCCGCCGGCAUCAUGGCCGGAGGCAGGCCGGCUGGAGUUCCGGCGCGUAUCGCUGCAUUACGCGCCCGGGGAGCCAGCCGUGCUCCGUGACCUUAGCUUCCUGGUGCUCCCCCGAGAAAAGGUCGGCAUCGUUGGCCGCACCGGCGCCGGCAAGUCCUCCCUCAUCAAUGCACUCUUCAGGUUGGCUAAGAUUGAAGGCGAGAUAAUAAUCGACGGGCGGGAGACGUCGACGCUGGGGCUGCACGAGCUGCGCAGCCAGAUCAGUAUCAUCCCGCAGGAGCCGGUGCUGUUCUCCGGCACCAUGCGCCACAACCUCGACCCCUUCGACGAGUACCCCGACCAGGUGCUCUGGCGCGCACUAGAAGAGGUGGAGCUGAAGGAGGCGGUGCAGGAGUUGCCGGCGGGGCUGAACUCACGCAUGUCCGAGGGCGGCACCAACUUCAGCGUGGGUCAGCGGCAGCUGGUGUGUCUGGCGCGCGCCAUCGUACGUCGCAGUCGCCUGCUCGUGCUGGACGAGGCUACCGCCAACGUCGACCCACAGACGGAUACUCUAAUCCAGACGACGAUCCGCAACAAGUUCGCGGAGUGCACGGUGCUCACCAUCGCGCACAGGCUGCACACUGUCAUGGACUCUGACAAAGUGUUGGUGAUGGACGCCGGUCAGCUGGUGGAGUUCGACCACCCACACAUCUUGCUGCAGAAGAGCGAGGGUGUGCUGCGCGGAAUGGUCGACCAGACAGGCCGCGCCAUGUCAGAGACGCUCGCACGGGUCGCGCAACAGGCGUAUGAGAGCAAAUAUCCGCAGUCGGGAGCUGCUGUUGAAUAGAUGAAUGUGAAGAUUGUGAGGCGUAUUUGUUCCUACAGUGUGACAGUUCGCACACACACAUACAAACAUACA